GCUCCCCUGCCCGCCCGCCCACCCACCCGCGGCUCUGCAGCCGCCGCACGGCACGGGCGCUCCUGCCAGCCGAGCUCCGGCUACCUCGCGCUCCCCUGCCCAGCCCUAAGCCUUCCUUGCCCUACCCCGCGCUCCCCCAGGCUGCCCUCGCACCCCGAUCCUUCCUCCCCGUGUCCGGGCAGCGGCCGGGCACCGCGAUGCCCUCAGGACCCGCGCGGGACGCCCGACGCCGGCAAUGAUGGGGCAGAUCUCUGAUGGAAGGCAUUUCUUGGUGCAGCUUAUGAAAAUAACGCAGUGAAAAUUUUGACCAGUUGUGGAAAUACUGGCCAAAUUCCAAACCCAAGUAUAGCAUUUCUUAUAUUCUGUCGUACCUCAUAUCAGAAGAACCAUGUACGGAAGCGCGAGAACAAUCAGUAACUUGGAAGGUAGCCCUUCCCGGUCGCCUCGCUUGCCAAGGUCGCCUCGUUUGGGCCACCGGAGAACCAGUAGUGGAGGCGGGGGAGGAACAGGUAAGACGUUGUCCAUGGAAAACAUCCAGUCCCUUAAUGCAGCCUAUGCAACAUCUGGACCAAUGUACUUGAGCGACCAUGAGGGGGUUGCCUCUACGACUUUCCCCAAGGGCACGAUGACCCUCGGAAGGGCUACGAACCGAGCUGUGUAUGGGGGUCGGGUCACGGCGAUGGGGAGUAGCCCCAAUAUUGCAUCUGCCGGCCUCUCCCACACCGACGUCCUUUCCUACACUGACCAGCAUGGGGGUCUGACCACCUCGUCUCAUCAUCACCAUCACCAAGUUCCUUCCAUGUUGAGGCAGGUAAGGGACAGCACCAUGCUGGAUUUGCAGGCUCAGCUUAAGGAGCUGCAGCGGGAGAAUGACCUCCUCCGCAAAGAGCUAGACAUCAAGGACAGCAAGCUGGGGUCCUCCAUGAACAGCAUCAAGACAUUUUGGAGCCCUGAACUCAAGAAAGAAAGAGUUCUGCGCAAAGAAGAGGCGGCCCGAAUGUCUGUUCUCAAGGAGCAGAUGAGGGUCUCCCACGAAGAAAAUCAGUUUUUGGAUGCCAGGAGAACAAAGCAUCUGCAGUUGACAAUUCAGGCUCUUCAAGAUGAGCUCCGCACCCAGAGAGACCUUAAUCAUCUCCUCCAACAGGAGAGUGGCAACCGCGGGGCCGAGCACUUCACCAUCGAACUGACGGAGGAGAAUUUCCGAAGGCUCCAGGCUGAACAUGACCGCCAGGCCAAAGAGUUGUUCCUCCUGCGGAAGACCUUAGAAGAGAUGGAGCUGAGGAUCGAAACCCAGAAACAGACCCUCAAUGCCCGCGAUGAAUCCAUCAAGAAACUCCUAGAAAUGUUACAAAGCAAAGGUUUGCCUUCAAAAGGCAUGGAAGAUGACAACGAGCGAACCCGAAGGAUGGCUGAGGCGGAAUCUCAGGUGAACCACUUAGAAGUGAUCUUAGACCAGAAGGAGAAAGAAAACAUCCAUCUGAGAGAGGAGCUGCACAGAAGGACCCAACUUCAGCCGGAACCGGCCAAGACCAAGGCUCUCCAGACCGUCAUAGAGAUGAAGGACACAAAAAUUGCUUCACUGGAACGGAACAUCCGGGACCUGGAGGAUGAGAUCCAGAUGCUGAAAGCCAACGGGGUUCUGAAUACAGAGGAGCGCGAAGAAGAGAUCAAGCAAGUGGAGGUUUACAAGAGCCAUUCCAAGUUCAUGAAGAACAAGGUGGAUCAGCUGAAACAGGAAUUCUCCAAGAAGGAGUCGGAGCUCCUGGCCUUACAGACCAAGCUGGAGACCCUCAGCAACCAGAACUCGGACUGCAAGCAGCACAUCGAGGUGCUCAAGGAGUCCCUGACCGCCAAGGAGCAGCGCGCGGCCAUCCUGCAGACCGAGGUUGAUGCCUUGAGGUUACGAUUGGAGGAGAAAGAAUCUUUUCUCAACAAAAAGACCAAACAGCUACAGGACCUCACAGAAGAGAAAGGGACAUUGGCUGGAGAGAUCCGAGAUAUGAAGGACAUGCUGGAAGUGAAGGAAAGGAAAAUCAACGUACUGCAGAAAAAGAUCGAAAACUUGCAAGAACAAGUCAGAGAUAAGGACAAACAGCUGAGCAACCUGAAGGACCGCGUGAAGUCUCUGCAGACGGACUCGAGUAACACGGACACGGCCCUCGCCACCUUGGAGGAGGCUUUGUCUGAAAAGGAGAGAAUCAUUGAACGCUUGAAAGAACAGCGGGAACGUGAUGACCGAGAACGCCUGGAAGAAAUCGAAUCCUUCCGAAAGGAGAACAAGGAUCUGAAGGACAAAGUCAAUGCUCUGCAAGCUGAGCUCACGGAGAAAGAGUCUAAUCUAAUUGACCUCAAGGAACACGCCUCCUCCUUGGCAUCCGCGGGCCUGAAGCGGGAUUCCAAAUUAAAGUCCCUGGAAAUAGCUAUAGAACAAAAGAAAGAAGAAUGUAGUAAGUUGGAAGCGCAAUUGAAGAAGCAAGCUGAGCAGUUGUUCAAUCAGAUGUACAAUCCCGCUCAUAAUGUCGAAGAAGACUCCAGGAUGAACCCUGAAUUUGCAGAUCGAAUGAAGCAGCUGGACAAAGAGGCAUCUUACUACCGCGAUGAAUGUGGCAAGGCCCAAGCGGAGGUUGACAGGCUGCUGGAGAUCCUCAAGGAGGUGGAGAAUGAAAAGAAUGAUAAAGACAAGAAAAUCGCCGAACUCGAAAGACACAUGAAGGAUCAAAAUAAGAAAGUGGCCAACCUUAAGCACAACCAACAACUGGAAAAAAAGAAGAAUGCCCAGUUAUUGGAGGAAGUUCGGAGGAGAGAAGAUAACAUGACAGAUAACUCCCAGCACUUGCAGUUAGAAGAGCUGAUGAACGCCCUCGAAAAGACCAGGCAAGAAUUGGACGCUACCAAAGCUCGCCUCGCCUCGACACAGCAGUCCCUGGGUGAAAAAGAAGCCCAUUUGGCCAACCUACGGAUAGAGAGGAGAAAGCAGCUCGAGGAAAUCCUGGAGAUGAAACAGGAAGCCCUGCUGGCUGCCAUCAGUGAGAAGGACGCCAACAUAGCCUUGCUUGAACUGUCUGCCUCCAAGAAGAAGAAGACGCAGGAGGAGGUGAUGACCCUGAAACGAGAAAAGGACCGUUUGGUGCACCAGCUGAAGCAGCAGGUUUAUAGAUAUAAGAAACAGCCCCAGAGCAUGAGCAUCCCACCCAGCUGUGAUGCUGGCUUCCUCACAGACAUUGCCGCCACCUACCUCGGCCCCAGCCGUGACGCACACAUGAUCCCAAAGCCUCAGGUCAGUCAGCUGUGGAGGAAGCCUUUCCUGUCCCCCCCCAACCAUGCUAGAGGUCAAGGCCAAGGCCAGGCAGUGACCCCUCGGCUGUGUUGGUCUCCUCCCGUAGGCUCACCUUGGCUGAAAUUGUGUGGAUGAACUGCAAAGCAUUGUGGGCAGUUGUUGACCAGGCAAUAGGAUUUUUUUUUUUUAAUUUCGGAGUUCUCUAAAAAUCCUCUCCCUUCCCAACUUAUCUCUCUCUUAGUCUUGGAGCCAUGAGGUGAUUAAAAAAGAAAAUAAAAGGAAACAGAGAAAAACAAGCCAUAAACAAACAAUAGGAGGGCAAAACAGUGUGGUUUUUUGAAGUCUUUUUUUUUUUUUUUAAUCAUGGAAAUGUGUUCCGGAUUCCUGGAAUGAUUGAGCCGAGCACUUCAGCUUGCUCCUAGGGGAAUGUACAAAGUGUUCCUUAUUUGCAACAGGCUUGAUUUUAUGGAACAUGGAAUGUGUUUGAAAAAUGGUCAGUCUGGGGAGAGAAAUGCCACGCGGGAGCAGAUCGGGGGGAGCCAUAGCAACGGGGAAAGGAGCAGAGGCGGGCGGCCUCAGGAGCCGUUGGCUCGGGGAGGGAGGAAAGCGGUACCCCAGGAAGACCCUCCCAGCUGGGGCAGCGUGGCAUCCUCGAUAGAGGGGCCCCUUGUCUUUGAUCAACUGCUUGAGUCAGAAAUAAGCCACAUAUGGAUAGUCUCGCUCAGAUAAAUUAACAAGGGGGGACCGCUGGGAGGGAUAGAGGGCUACCAAUUGAGCAAGAAAUCAACAAGCGCUUAUUAGCACUAAUGAUAAUCAUAACAGCUGGUAAUGGCACGCUGCUUUAAAUUCUACACAGUCCUUCAGCAAGACCGGAGUUUGAAUCCUGUCUUACACCCUGACUAGCUGCGUGAGUCACUCAACCGCGCGUCUUCCUCACGCCUCAGCUGUAAAACGGGGUAACGAUAGCACCUGCCUCCCAGACUUGUUCUGACAAUAAAAUGAGACAGUAUUUGUAGACUAGUUUGUAAAUUUUAAAAUAAGCUUUAAUGCUACAUAAAUGUAAUUCAUUAUUAAUUACCUUUGUUAUUGCUGUUGUUAGUAUCAUUCUUAUUAUUGAAUCCUACUGUGUGCUAGACACUGUGAGUAAAAUGACAAAGAAUGCAAUAGUCUCCCUUAUAAGGAGCU